AUGCACAUCAGUCGCGACAUCGCAGGUCUCGGCACCGUCAGCACGGACAAGACAUACUUCGACGGCACGGUAGCACAAUUCCGGGGUAUACCUUAUGGUGCUGUCACGCGGCGGUUCCAAAGGCCAAAGAUCGUGGAUGAGUGGCCCACGAAGGCUCUCGACGCCAGCCGGUUCGGCCCCGUCUCUCCCACACCGGCUCUCGCAGCGUCUCUGAGUUUUGUUGGCGCCGUCCUACCAGCCGAAGACCCCGAUCCACUCGUCGACGAAUUCCUGUGUCUCAACCUUAACAUCACGACCCCGACACACAAUGCUGCCGCCACGAAAUUCCCCGUCCUCGUCUUCAUCCAUGGCGGUGCAAAUUGCAUGGGCGCUGGGUCUGCAGCCCAAUGUGACGGCGCUGCUCUCGUCCACAUGUCUUUGGGCAUGGGGCAGCCGAUCGUGGUGCUCACCAUGAACUUCAGACUGGGGGCUUUCGGAUUCUUGGCGUCGGCAGAUCUGGAGCUGGAUAACCGGAGAGCCGGGGAUCGCGGCGUCGGCAACUAUGGGAUUCACGAUCAGAUCGUGGCGCUGCAGUGGGUGAAGAGGUAUAUUGGUGCAUUUGGUGGCGACUCGGGGCAGGUGACGUUGGUGGGUCAGAGUGCCGGUGGAAGUGAGUACUUCGGUCUCUUACUUUUCGAGGAACUGUUCAGCCAGGCGGUGAUCAUGUCGGGCAAUGCCGUGCUCACAACUCGUAGCCUCGAGCACCAAGAAGGCAUAUACCAGAAGAUUCUUGCACACUUGCAGAUUCCCUCCGAUAUCCAUGCAUUGCACAAAGUCCAGCGCUUGCGCGAUGUUCCGGUGAAUGAGCUGUUGGACGCAUACGCCGCCACUGGGUCUCCGCUACCGAAUUGGCAAGCCACCGUCGACGGGUUCCUACUGGAUGAACUUCCCCGAUCGUCGACGAUAGGGAAGCAGCAGUACGACAGGUGUGUACGCAGAAUCAUCAUUGGUGACUGUGAGAAAGAAGGUAUCAUCUGGGGUCCACGUAUCGCCAGCCUCGGCUGGACUCCAGGCAAGACCCGAGAGUUGCUCUCGUCCUGCUUCCCUGCCCCAGUGGUCGAGCAUAUGACCUCGUCCUACAAUCUCUCGGACUUCUCCAACGAGCAAGCAGUGUCCAUCCUGGAACCGUUCUGCAGCGACGCAGAGUUCGGGCGCGACAUCCACGAGAUUGCAAAGUCUUUCAGCGGUGGAAAGGCGUUCUACUAUCACAUGCGCUAUGGCAAUCCAUUCCCCGGCCCGUUCCAGAACCUGGCACACCACGCCGUGGACUUGCUUUUUCUCUUCCAGACAUACAACCAGCUCUUGCCGGACGAGCUGGCAAAGGCUGCACAGCAAAUGGGACGCCACUGGAUCACCUUCAUCAACGGCGGCGAUCCAUGGCCCGCCUACAGCGAGGGGGAGUGUGCGAUGUGCUAUGGACCGGAGGAAGUGGUGCUGCUGGGUCGGAAGGAGGAUGGAAUGGGCAGAUACGAGCGGUGGGAAACGUUAGGCGGUACAGAUGAGUGGCCCAGAUGCAGUAUGAUCAUUCGUGGGGAGAUUGCUUCGCCGGUGUAG